UUUCAGCUGAAGAAACAAGAGAAAAAAAAUGGUGGGCGACAAGAGUACAACAACUACUGCUAUAGGUAGAACUACUAAUGCUGCUUUUAAAAGAGAUGAGUUGUACCUUAAUCUUACGGUACCGAACUUAUUCCGGUGCCCGAUUUCAAUGGACGUGAUGAAGUCUCCGGUGAGUCUCUGUACCGGCGUCACAUACGACCGGACAUCCAUUCAGGCCUGGCUUUCUCAAGGCCACAAUACUUGUCCGGCGACCAUGCAGGUUCUUCCGUCCACCGACUUCACUCCAAACCUCACUCUCCGCCGCCUCAUUCAUCUCUACGUCCACCACACCACCUCCUCGCCACCGGAGCUCAGUCCGAACUCUUCACUGUCGUCGUCUUUGCGAAACUCUCUCAUCUCUCAACCGGAAGCGCUCGAGCUCAUCAAAAACCUCUCCUCCAGAGACACAGCCUCGUCGGCGACAAAGCUCGUCGAAUUUGUUAGGUUCUCUGAGGAAAACCGGAGGUUUGUUGCGAAUUCAGCCGUCGGAGUGUCCAAUUUGGUUGAAAUUCUGAGAACUUCCCAAGAAACUCAGGUUUCCGACCAGAUUCUUUUGGUGUUGGAGAUUAUUUCACCGGAAAAUGGAGUGAAAGAAUUACUGAACGAAAAGAUUUUGAAAAGCGAUUUCGAUUACUUGUCCAAAUUCUUCUGGUUUUUUCGGAAAGGUAGCUUGAGCUCGAGGAUUGCAUCCGCGAAGAUUCUCGAAUCAAUCGCUUCUGACGCCGAUUCUCAAAGGAAAAUCGCCGAAAAACAAGGAUUAUUAUUCGAAUUAUACAAAUUAAGCAACGAAGAAACCGAUAGCAACGCCGUCGAAGCAAGUUUAUCAGCUCUGAUCGCAGUAUCAACCUCGAAAACGGCGAAAAAGGAGCUGGUCCGGUUCGGAAUCGUUAAAACCGUAGGGGAGAUUCUAUCCGGUUCAGAAGCGGUUCGACCGGUUAUAGAAAAGGCCGUGGAGGUAUUGGCAUCAGUUGCCACGCGUACGGACGGGAGAGCUGCGAUUAGUGAAGACGAGGGGUGUAUUAUGGGAGUGGUUAAGAGAUUAAUGAAGUGUUCGGGUGUGGCGACGGAGCAUGGGAUUGUGGUGCUCUGGAGCUUGUGCUGCUUGGCUCGAGAUCGGACGGCUCAGGAGGCUGUGUUGAAAGUCAACGGCGUGACCAAAGUGUUGUUGGUGAUGCAGAGUGAUUGUAGCGCCGGCGUGAGGGAAAUGUGUGGUGACUUGGUCAAGGUUUUGAGGGUGAAGAAUUCCAAGUCGUGUUUGGCUAGUUAUGAAACUAGGACCACACAUAUCAUGCCUUAUUGAUUGAAAUUGAAUGUUGUUGAAUAGCGACUAGUAGUGUUAGUACGUAUUUGAUUGACUAAAAUGGUUAACCAUGACAAAAACCAACUUGUUUACUCAUUUGUUUCUCUUAGUGGAGAAUUGGCAUACUUGUAGUUGAAAAGGUGGACUACCAUACCAUCUCAACUUGUAAUUUGUAAAUGGGAAGUUUUUGCUUUGACUUGGAAAUUUACAGUGCAAGAAGAAUCAUCAAUACACAAAAUCUCUUCGAUUGAUA